CUUUGUCUUGUGUAUUUUGUAAAAAAUGUAAUGUAAUUCUACUAAAAAUUUAUGUUUUCACAAUCACGCAGAGGAAGCUGCUAUUGAAAGAUUAACAAUGGAGGUCUUUAAUAAAUUUUAUUCGUCUGUAAGUAGUACUGUGUCCCAGCUGUCUGGUGUACUACCAGGAAACCCGGUAACUAGGGAAUUUGAAGCUACACAAUUCAUCGCCAGCGCUGGUCCAGGUUUGUUAUGGAAGAUUUACAAAGGCUACAAAAAAUCAACAAAACAAGAGGCAUCGAUUUUUGUAUUCGAAAAGAAGCAACUAGAUAGAUUUUUAAAAGCAGAUAAGGAUAUCAUGCUGGAUACAUUGAAACGUGGAAUCAUCCAAUUGACGAAGCUACGACAUCCCCAAAUACUCACAGUCCAGCACAGUUUGGAGGAGAGUAGAGAAAGUUUGGCUUUUGCUACGGAACCAGUGUUUGCAAGUUUAGCUAACAUAUUGGGUAAUACAGAAAACAUGCCCCAACCGGUGCCCAGUCAUUUGGUCAAUUACAAACUUUACGAAUUAGAAAUUAAAUAUGGAUUAAUGCAAGUGGCCGAAGGACUCGCAUUCUUACACAAUGAUGUCAAGUUACUGCAUCAUAAUAUAAGUCCAGAGUCUAUAAUCGUAAAUCAGCAGGGUGCAUGGAAAAUAUUUGGGUUCGAUUUUUGUAUUGCGAAUCAGAAUGCUACAGGUUCUGCACCAUAUUGGCCUUUUAAUGAAUAUUGCCAAGCAAUGCAUCCAUCGUCCCAACCUUUACUUGACUACUUGGCUCCUGAGUAUAUACUUACAGCGACUCAUUCCCCAGCCAGUGAUAUCUACUCACUAGGAAUGGUUAUAUAUGCCUUGCAUAGUAGUGGGAACCACACUUUAGGCAAUAUUGGUAAUGACUAUAUGAAAUUUAAAAGGUUCGCCAAUGAGCUUAGGUCUCUACCACAGUCCCGGUUGUUGUGCGUAGCUGAUGGUCUCAAGGAGUAUGUCAAGUUGAUGCUGAAUGUGACACCUGAAUUAAGACCAGAUCCACAUCAGUUUUUAAAAAUACCAUAUUUUGAGGAUGUUGGAGUGAAGACACUUAAUUACCUGGAUUCAAUGUUCCAAUGGGAUAACUUACAAAAAUCUCAAUUCUACAAGGGGCUACCACAGAUCAUACAAAAGAUGCCCCACCGCAUUUGCAUCUAUCGCAUACUACCAUGUCUCAGCAAAGAGUUUGUCAACCCACCCAUGGUUCCAUUUGUACUCCCAAAUGUACUACUCAUCGCUGAGAAUUCAACGAAAGAAGAGUACAUAAAAUAUAUCCUGCCUGUUCUAAAACCAGUUAUGUUGAUACAAGAUCCCAUACAAAUAUUAUUGAUAUUUAUGCAGAAAAUGGAAUUGCUAUUGAAACUUACGCCUGGGGAAGAAGUCAAGACUGAUAUAUUACCAAUGUUAUAUAGGGCACUAGAGGCUGAUGCACAACAAAUACAAGAGCUUUGUCUGUCUGUAUUACCAACAUUUGCGUCAUUAAUUGAUUAUCCGGCUAUGAAGAAUGCCCUCCUACCACGUAUCAAAAAGCUUUGCAUAAGUACCAACUAUAUUUCGGUGCGUGUAAACUGUUUGCUAUGUUUGGGCAAGUUGUUGGAGCAUUUGGACAAAUGGUUGGUAUUGGAUGAGAUAAUACCAUUCCUGCCGCAGAUACCAUCAAGAGAGCCAGCUGUUUUGAUGGGAAUUCUAGGUAUUUACAAAUUGGCACUUGGACAUAAAAAACUUGGUAUAACAAAGGAAGUGAUGGCCACCAAAGUACUUCCGUUCCUCAUACCUUUGUGUGUUGAGAAUGGGUUGACAUUAAACCAGUUUAAUGCCCUAAUCACCCUCGUCAAGCAGAUGAUAUCAAAAGUGGAGACGGAACACAGAGCUAAGCUGGAGCAGUUGAACUCGAUACAGAAUGAGUCAAAAGUAAUGGAACAAGCAUUUUCAGCACCAACUGACAGUUUCGUACCAGCCCCUGCACCACAAACUGAUAUUGAUAAAAUGUUCUCCGGUCUCGGCCUGGACUCAUUCUCGUUCAAUAACAGCAAACCACAGGAGAAGGUGGAAGCUGUACCAUACACACCUGAGAGUACCGGAUCGCUCAGCAUCGAGGAGAAGCAGAGACUGGCACAACAGCAAGAGACAGUCCGUAAGUUCUCCCACCAGCCGCCUCCGACGGCGAUUGCAGCGCCACCACGGCAACAACCCAAACCAUUCGACCUCACCAGCUCUCUACUGCAAUCAAACCUCAACCAGCUAACCACAAAAACCUUCGUUACUUCCCCACCAACCAACUCUACAUCUCAAGCACCUAACUAUAAUAUCUCUAUGAGUAACCAAAAUAUCCCAGUUACAUAUCAAAAUAAUAUGCCUACAGGAUUUAACAGUCAGUUAGCGUUACCACCUACCAGCGGAUGGUCAGCUAGUGGUAACUUUAAUAAUAAGUGGGCAAACAAUCAAAAUCAGGGUGUUAAACAGGAUUGGUCAGCUUUCGAAUCUCUACUCCCCAAUCAAAGUCAAAAUAAUAAUCAAAACACAAACAAUAACGUUAAGAAGUUAAGUGAUAAUGAAAUGAUGGAUUUAUUGAGUUAAAUUUAAUGAUUUUAUUAAUGACUAGCUAUGCUCGCGGUUUCAUCCGCGUUAAAUUUCAAUGAAAAAUAUAGCUUAUAUGUUAUUCUGAUCCAUAAGCUAUAUUACUGUAAAGUUUCGUCAAAAUCUGUUUAGCAGUUUCUGCGUGAAAGAGUAAUAAACAUCCACCAAUACUCACAAAUUUUCGCGUUUAUAAUAAGUAUGUAUGAUUUAAUUACGAACCUUAUUGCGUUGUAGUAUGGUUCAAAUUAGUGUAGCCAUAUUUCAAUAAUGAACCUGAGUUACAUGCAAUGAUUUUGUCUUUCUGAUAUAUUCCUUAUUGAAUUAUAAACCGUAUUGUUUUGUAGAAUCGUUCAAAUUUGCGAUACAUCGUAAUUAUGGAUCUUAUUACGUAUCAGUAUGGUCCAAUUUUGUGUAUCAGCAAUUUAUUGUGCUACUAUAUAUGUUGAAACUGAAUAAUAGCUUAAUAAUAAUGGAUUUUAGUACGUUAUCAUAAGAUUCAUAUUUGUUUGUCAUUAUCAUCACUGCUUAACACAUUUCCCUAUACACCGGACCAACCACAACCAACACAA